GGCGCCAAAAUUUCACUCCCCCAAAACAUAUGGCGCUUCCCGCUAAACCCUAUAUUUCAGCAACUGCCUCCAUUUUCAACCUCAAUUAAGCCACCAAUCUUCAUCUCCAGCUAAUUCCCUAACUGAUUUCGGUCAUUUCAACACAAAAUGCCGUCAAUCGCUGCAGCCAGAGCCUCACCAAUGCCUACUGUAAACGGCGACGUUUCAUCCCCUCACAAACGGCGGUUGAGAUCUAAUUCAGCUUCGUUCGAUGAUCCGGUUUGUAACACUCCGUUGAAAUCAUGCUCUCCGUUGAAGAGUAAAUCGCCUCGUAGAUCUGUUGAUGAUAGUCCGAAUAGAAACCGAUCGAAUGUUGAAACUGGUGUUAGUUUAUCGAAAUUGAAGAAUUCUCCGAAGAAGAAGUUGUUAGGCAGUUUUUCGGAUAAACCGAUCUGGAAUCCAACAGACUCGGAGCAAUUGAGUGCGGUGAAAGAGGCGUUGCAUGUAUCUCCUUUGAAGAGUAAAUCGCCUCGUAGAUCUGUUGGUGAUAGUCCAAAUAGAAGCCGAUCGAAUGUUGAAACUGGUGUUAGUUUAUUGAAAUUGAAGAAUUCUCCGAAGAAGAAGUUGUUAGACAGUAUUUUGGAUAAACCGAUCUGGAAUCCAACAGAUUCGGAGCAAUUGAGCGCGGUGAAAGAGGCGUUGCAUGUGUCGACUGCACCGGCUAUGAUUGUGUGCCGUGAGGAUGAGCAGAAAAGGAUAGUGGAGUUUUGUAAGCAAUGUGUUGAGCAAGAGAAGGCUGGGAGUUUGUAUGUUUGUGGUUGUCCAGGGACUGGAAAAUCGCUUUCGAUGGAGAAUGUGAAGGGGUGUUUGGCUGGUUGGGCUAAAGAGAUAGGAGGUCAGCUGCCGGAUAUUUUAGCUAUAAACUGCACCUCACUCUCAAACACAUCAGAAAUUUUCAACAAGAUACUUGAAAAAAGUAAACCAAAUAAGAAAGUCAAUGGUCGUUCUACAGCCUUAAAACAGCUUCAGCAACUGUAUUCUCAAAAGCAGCAGUCAGCUGACACUAAAAUGAUGUUGGUUAUAGCCGAUGAGCUGGAUUACUUGAUUACUAAGGACCGAGUGGUGCUUCAUGAUCUAUUUAUGCUAACAACAUUGCCAUUCUCAAAAGUUAUAUUGAUUGGUAUAGCUAAUGCAAUUGACUUGGCAGACCGAUUUCUGCCAAAACUACAGUCUCUAAAUUGUAAGCCAGCUGUUGUGUCUUUUCGAGCGUACUCGAUGGAUCAAAUCAUCAUGAUUCUCAAACAACGGCUGAUGGCACUUCCUUACACCGUUUUCCAGCCACAAGCACUCGAACUCUGUGCACGAAAAGUAGCUGCAGCAUCUGGUGAUAUGAGGAAAGCUCUUGGUAUCUGCAGGGGUGCAAUAGAGAUGCUUGAAACUGAGCUUAGAGAAUCUACUUGCACUUCAACUAUGACGUCCAUGGUGAGGGUUGAUCAUAUGGCUAUUGCUUUAUCAAGGGCUUACAAAUCACCAAUAGUCGAUACUAUACAAUCUCUUCCACAGCAUCAACAGAUUGUACUAUGUUCAGUUGUGAAGCUGUUUCGUAAAGGAAAGAAGGAUACAACAAUAGGAGAGUUGAACAAGUUUUAUCUUGAUAUCUGCAAAUCAACAUUGAUACCACCAGUUGGUAUAAUGGAACUUUCAUGCAUGUGUAGAGUACUAGGUGAUCAGGGAAUUCUAAAACUCGGUCAAUCCCGAGAUGAUAAAUUAAGGAGAGUAACGUUGCAGGUAGAUGAAGCAGACAUCAGUUUUGCAUUGCAGGGCAUUCGUUUCUUUAGGAACUGUCUUCAGUAAAUUCCAACAUCAACACUUGCAAAGUUUGUCAAGUUAACUGUAAAGAUUAUGCAAUCGUGCGUGCUUGACCAAUAAAGGUUUCAAACUGAGCUUGUCAACGGUGCAUGUAAUACAACAGCAGAGCUAAACUCGCGAUAUUAGUAUUGGUUUUACAUUUUAAUUAAAGUUAUAUAAUUCUUUUUACUGGAAAAAACAAUUCUGGAUUAGUGUAUUCUUUGUUUAUUUUGGUA